CGAUGAACGGCGUACGACGACUAUUCACGGGGGCGUCGUCCGCGACAACCCCGGAUCCACCACCGAAACCUGAGUCGCCUCCGAAGGCGACCAUACCCUUGGUCAUCAAUGCUAAGCCGUCGUGGCCUCCAUCGUCCCCAUCGAUCAGUCCGCGUAGUCCGACCAAGUCUCUGCCUGGAUCCCCUCUGGAGAGCCCGAAGACCACAACAGCCGGUCUGUUUCUUCGCAAAGACAAACAGAGACCCCCAGCGAUGCCAUCAGAAUCAGACGCCGGCGAUACGUCGUUUCAGUCGCGGCCGAUGUCAAAUGCAGCCUCGAGCUUCAUGUCCCCCGUGCGCAACCAAGCACCGUCCCUACCGCCGUCGCCCGAAACUACGCAACGCUCAAGACCCCGUACCAUCAGCCGUCCGUCUAUCAUAUCCCGAAAGCUCCCCAACUACUCGAGCCCUCUUCGCCCAUCUUCUCCUGGGAAUAGCCGCGAUGAACUCCUCAUAAGUUUACUCGCCAGUGAAGCUGUGGUGGAAAGCCGGGACUGCGAGAUCCUGCCAGCAGAGGAAGUGGAGGAACUCAAGAAAGAGCAACAAAUACUCUCUGCUCGUUUAGGGGCAAUGAACAAGAAACUAAUGCUGGAAACGAAGAUUCGCGAUGCCGCCGCAUCUCUGUCUAGAGUCAACGCUUCAUACAAGAAGAUGUCGAAGCAAACCGAGGAGCAGCUGGAAGCGUCAGAGAAGAAAGUAGAAUCCGCCCAGAAAGAAGUUUGGCGAGUUUUGGAACGCCUCAGCGAGGUGAAUCGGCGUCUGUACGAACAUCGCGCAGGAGUUCUCAGCUUUUCCGUGCGGAGCAUGGAAAAUAAACUGGCUCCGCAGAGUAAUGGCGCUAGCGACACCACGACAGACGGCAGAGACAGUCGAAGUUCCCUCAUCAGUCCAACGCUUUCCUCCGUAACUAGUGUUUCCACCGCGUCCAAGAAUCGGUUUGACGGUGCUCAUCUUUUUGCGGGGCACGCAGAUGCUGUGGUUCCACAACCGCCUCGGGCAGCACCUUCUCUCGCAGACGUGGUGGAACUCGAAGAGAAGCUCAAGGCUGCGACGCAGCAGUUAGGCGAGGCUAGUAGGAAGCAGGCUGAGAUGGGACGUGAACUAUCGCUCCUCCGGCUCGAGAAGGAACAGGUGGAGACGUCCCUGGGCAUGGAGCUGCAAGGCGCGGAGGAAACGAUCGAUCGCUUGGAGAAGGAACUCAAAACGGCACGAAAGCUGGAUUCUCAAGUGCAGGUUCUUCUUCAACAGCAACAGGACUGGCAACAGGGCCGAACGGAGCUCGAGAGGAAAACACGGGAAGUUGACGUGCUAGAGCGCCGCCUAGAGCUGCUGGAAGAGCAGAGUGGAGAGGCGUCAGAACUUGGCUCGUCGCUUGCCCGUGCUCGGGAGGAGAACGAUAGCCUAAGGCGACAAUGGGACGAGGAACGGAUUACGUUGCACAAGGAAUUGGACAAAGCUGUUGCCCAGUCUGAUUCUUUGAACGAAGAGUUGAGCCAGCUGAAGCUGGAGAUGCAACAGGUGCAGAUCAGGAGUCAGGGAGAUGGCGAAUCUCUUCAAAUGGUCAAUGCCCAGCUCGACGAGUGUUCGGACAUGCUACGUGCGCUAGUCAAGGAGCACAAUAUUAUCUUAUCCUCUGGCGACUUCUCGUCGAAGGGGAUCAUAUUAUCCAUUGGGGCUCAUCUUGAAGCAGUUUCUGCGAAACUUGAUGCUCAUUCUCGGGAUCAAGCCGAGUGGGAUGCAGCCCGUCGGAAGCUCCAGGAAGACCUACAGAAGGGCUUGGACAAACGGGAAGACCUGGCGAGAGAUGUAGAGCAAGCAAGGCAGGAACGCGAGGAAGCUCGUAGGGAGAUACGCGACCUCGAAGCGCGCUUGAAGGAGCAAUCGGACAGUCUCGGGGAGUUGCCGUCACGGCCGAGCCUUGCACUAUCCACAUCCACGAUAUCUAUGCCGUCCACGAGCUCUGACGGAGAUGCAAGCAAGAUGGUCUCGAUCCUUCUCCCUAUUUGGAACGUUCUACCUUCGCCGGAAGCUCGAGCGGUGAAGAUGACCCCUCGUUCCCAAGUGGGCUCACCCAUCGCACCCGGCAGCCCGAGUGUUAGUAGCCCAAAAACUAAAAGACCGUCUUUGUCCGAUCUGGACGUUCGUACGCUGAAAUCGCUUUAUGAUUCCCCCGGUGGCGCGCCCCGUACACCCGUUGGGGGUCCCUUCUCCAUCGAAUCCUUCGCGAGCAGGGUACAAGCCCUGAUCGCGGAUGACAGAGCCCUCAUCGAACGCCUCGUGCGAUUUGCACAGGCGCAUGAUCUUCUCAAGAAAAAUGCGGAGAGGGCGCAGAAGCUCGCGUUGGAAAGCAACGCCGCCCUGGAAACGUAUCAGAAGCAAGUGAAGACACUUGAAGAACGGAACAUGUCGGCGAUAUCGAAACUUGCUGCUCUGGAGGACGAGGUUCAGCGUCUUCAAGACGCUGUGGAUCGCAUCGAAACGGAGAAACGAGAUGUUGAGGCUCUUGCGGCCGAGCAGGCACAGCAGAUUCUCCAACUCACCGAAGCGAACACAACACUCAGUGCCAGGACUCUCAGCCUGGCUGAGGAGGUUACCCUGGCAGGGGAUGGUGCGCGAAAGCAGAUGGAAGCACAAUUGGCGGAGUGCAAGAAGGCGCUGAAGAAUGCGGAAGACGAGAUAGAGGCGUUGCGAACUUCUGAUCAAUCUCAGCGCAUUCAGCUUCUCGACGAGAUGACGACGUUGCAGACUGAGAAUGAAAAUUUGCGGGCUCAGUUGCGAAGUCGUAAGUAAAUUAUCGAAAUAUCGGUGAUACCACAUUCCUUUUUCUUCUCCAGGUGGUCCUGUGGAAUACAUUUUUAAUGUAGCUCUAGUCCUAUGCUAUGUGUAGAUACCGCAUC